AUGAUGCGCACGACAUCGCCGCUCUCUCGCGGCCUCCUCCGCCAGCUAGCCCUGGUCUCGCCGGCGCAGGGUGGCACCCGCGCCGCUGCCAUCUCGACCUGCGCUGCUGCCGCCCGUCCCCGUGCCGAUGCAACACGGCCGCCAGCCAUCGCGGCCUUUCAGCCGCUGCAGACGCGCAACAAGUCGCGCAAAUCGUCUGCGCAGUACAUCGACGAGGAUGCCGCGGCCGACGACGACGUGCCCGUGAUGCACACCAAGGGCAAAAAGUCAAAGGGCGCAAAGGGAUCCUCCAACGCGCCCCGGGGAGCCAAGUCGAAGCGCGGGGACGCAGAGGCGAACGACACGUCCAAGGGCGCACCGGCCUACAAGACCUCGGUCCGCAACCAAGACCUGCCCGAUGAGGCUUUCGACUUCGACGCCCUCACCGAGAACAUGAAGCGGGCCGUGGAGCGGUGCAGGCAGACGGUGUCCACCCUGGUCGGCAGUCUCGGUCGCGCUGAUCCCGCGCUGUUGGACUCUGUCAAGGUCGAGUACCCCGGCACUUCUGGAGCGGCCAAGACGUCGCACCCUCUCCGCGACUUUGCAACCGUCGGCGUGCGGGAUGGCAGCCUGAUUGUCAACUGCUUCGACGCCGAUAUGGUCAAGCACGUCGAGCGUGGCAUCUAUGCCGCCGACCUCGGCCUGACGCCGCAGACACAGGCCGGAGAGGACGAGAACAUCAUCCGCGUCCCCAUCCCCAAGCCGACGACAGAGACGCGCCAGGCCAUGGUCAAGGACGUGACGCGCAUCUGCGAGAAUGCGCGCGUCUCAAUCCGCUCGGCCCGCCACUCUGCCCAGAAGCAGAUCAAGAGCGACAUCGAUCGAAAGGUCAUUGGCAAGAGCGAAGGCGACAAGGAGAUGAAGAGCAUCGAGACCGAGACCAAGAAGCACUCGGCCGAGGUGGAUGCCCUCUUUGAAAAGACCAAAAAGAAUCUCCUCUCGACGGUCUGA